AUGUCAACCAACUCACGCCUCGCAGCACUAGAGGCUCUCGCCCGCGAGAAUGAGAAGAAGAUUGAAGAAUUAGGGCACACAAAUUGGCUGCUCAACAAUCACAAUGCCCAAACGCAGAAUGAAAUCUCCAAGUUUGAGAAGGACUUCAGCAAGGAAUACCCUAACUUUGACGUAAAACAUGCCAGUUCCACUGUCUUACGGCCACAUCCACCACCACCUCUUCGCGAAUCACCCGUCGCAAGACACGUCCUUCUCGCUCGCCCGCAGUCGGACAAGCGUCCACAACCGCCAGGCCCAUUUCCAACGCCAUUCUACCUUGCUGCACGCGAGGCUCCACAGCUAAACUUGGAUUUUGUGAUACCAGGCUUUCAGGGUGAGACACUGGAAGUAGCUAUAAACAAUGUAGAUAUGGCGUUCGUUCUACAGCAGACGCUGCGACGCAGAGGGUGGAGCGAAGAGAUGACGAAGAAAGGGGUCGAAGACUUCCUAGCACAACCUAUGGUGAAGGUCGUGUGGAGAGGCAGGGAGGGUGAGUUUGGGAACCUAUCAUAG